CCCGCUAUUCGGAUUGGGUGUACAAGCAAGUCUUCAGUGACAGUUGAACCUGGAUUUUGUAAAACAGCGCAAAACUUCAAUUGUCUGGCGAGUUUUUUUUUGUAGUACAAUACCGUGGCAAUUUCUUUCGUUUUCUGUUUGUUUGUUUGUCGUGCUAUCUGGGACGUGACGUAUUGCAGCAACAGGUCUGCGUAUCAGUUCAUUUGGUGUUUGUUGGAGAGACAGUGAGUGCGAAGUGUGUGGAGUUACCUCUCGUGCAAAAUGUGAAGAAAAGUGCUCGUUAAUUGCAUCAGAGUUAUCGGUGUGUGGAAGUGUAGUGAAUCUGUUGUUUUGCAUAUAGAAAUGUAGUUUUAUUUGAAAGGAAGACCGUGUUUCAUUUCUUUGCAGCCCGCUGUUGUUUUCUCGUUGCCUCAUCCACCUGUUCGUGAUUCAAUUACCGCCCAAUCUGGAGAUCCCUCGGUUGAUGGGAGAUAAUGCUGCAUGAAGUGCGGCGUCAGAUAAUUGCCGCAUAUGGUACGGAAUAACAUCGCAUCAGAAAAUACCAAUUACUGACUUGGGAUGAUUAAAUCUGAUGGAGAGCGUAUUUUAUGAAGAACACUAAAUAAAGUAAAAUGCCCUGUUAUAGAGUAAAGGCAUGAAUUUCGAAUAACCCUAAGUGCAAAACUUGUGAAAACGUCCAUUGAUAUUCGUAGAGUUUUAAUUGUUUGCUGAUUUUGGACACGAAGUUGAUUUCGUCGAAUCGGAAUAAUCUCGGCAGCGCUUAGAGUGAUCCAAUUGCUGCAGUUCAUAUUAGACGUAUUUUAAAAAGUUGCAGCCUAAGAAAAGUGGAUUGUGAAUAAAUAAAGCUUAAGAUAUCAUAAAUUGUGACAUAUCUAAGUACUAACUGGACCAGGAAUUUGAAUAAUAAAUUUUAACGCCUCGUAGUGCGAAAUAAAAUUGUGCUAUAGUGACAGCGGCAUUUGAUUAUCAUAAAUUUCGACACCUGUGUUUGGUCAAGAUAACUAUAAAACUCUUUGUUAUGUUGGUAUCGUUUGUGCUCCUGUUCGGUUCCAAUGGAAGGAUUCCAGAUAGCGAAUAAUUAUCUUACGUCACCUAUGGCAUGCAAGUGUCAUUCAUACAUCGUGAAAAGAGGAUAAUGGACUGUUUGUGAGGAAGACAGUUGCUACAAGUAUCAACCUAUGAAGGACACUACGUAUGUUUAUCUUUUUUUUUGUACAACAUAACUCUGUUGCGUAAAUCUUCAGUGAGACUUCAGAAUGAAUACACAACCGAUAAAUUAUUUACGAAAUUCCCGAAACAUAACCAAGUGAAACAUUUAGGCCUAUAUUCUCACACUGCUACGAUAAAUUGAUUGUGUAAAAAAGUAUUCGUGUGACAUUACCUGGAUGAAGAUAUGGUUUUGUGUGUUUCAAAAUCGUUAUCACGGGCAGAAAUCCUUCUUAGUCCGUGAUCAUUGAAGAAAUUAUAAAAGGAAAGUACUUUAAUGUUCACUGUGAUAUUGCAUCCACUAAACAAAUUAGCUGGGUAUUCCGUUAGUAUUAUCUAAAUAUAAUUACUUCGGAUGUUCAUGAUGGAACAUUUUUAUGAAGAAGAAAGUAAAUUAAAUUGUUUUUACUAUUAGAAACUAAUUUAUCUAUUAUAAUUUUUCCACUACAAAGUUUCGAUCAUAGAAGGUGCUGUUUUGGAUAUUUUUUAAAAAAAAUUGAAUUGUAGAAAUCCGCUUACGAUUAUUUAAUUACGCUUUAGUGCAGGAUAUUAGGUAGAUGUGUUAAGAAGAUUUGUUCACGUGGUGUUGACAAAAUGACGCUCAGCAGUCAAAUGGACGCUGCAUCAAAUUCUCGAAAAUCCUCAAAGAAAAACAGUCGCCAGCAGAAGAAAUCUUCUGCCACCACGCCUCCUCCGGAUUCUGACGUCAAAACAAAUGCGUGUUCCAAACAAAAGAAAUCGCUUGGAGCAAGCGACAAGGAGACGCUAUCGCCAUUGCAAGAUCCUCUGCUUCGGCGAAGUUUCUCGAUCCGAAAACAUCUUAGCAAUCUAGUGAUCUCUGGUGGCAGUUCGUUAAAGCGCAGUCUUAGUUUCGGGAAAGGUCUAAAUGAACGGUUACCAAGGAAGCCUUGGAGUGCCUCCCUGCAGUCACUUCGUGAAGACGUCCCAUCCGGUGGUGAGGAAACCCCAGUGUUCAGCUGUGAUGUGAGAGACAGUGCAGCUUCCGUUUUUGACUCCAGAAAGCCCGUUACCAGAACCCAGAGCCUCUUGGUGCAGAGUACGAGAACUAAAGAUGAAGUGGAUUCUAGUAAACGAAAGGGACUUUUCGGGCACUUCAAGAGAGCGGCAUCUCACAGUGGGUCUCGGUAUGGAUCUACCACCUUGUGCCACGACCCCUAUCUCAACCUCGACUUAGAUUUGUCGGACUUAUGCAGCCAAUCAGUACAGUCUCUGCCAUCUCUUAUCAACCAGACUCACGACGCAUCACCCAGAUACCAGCGCCUAUACCUUCGCGAUGAAAAAGGGGUUGCAGCUAAAAAUGGUUCUACCAACAUCACGCUUCGACGUAAAAAAGCCUCCAAGAACGAGCUGAACUCUGCAACGGGUCGUUCUCGCAGCCUGACCCACCUCGACUGCUUGGACCCCAGUGACCUGACCCCUGACGUCAUCAUGACCACCGACACAGCUGAUCGACUUAUAGUCCCCUGUACUGAGCAGCCGCGCGUGCGCAGACACAAAUUGGCCCGCUCUCAGGUGUCCAGUUCCGAGUACUUCAGCGUGAACUUCGAGUGCGGAGUGCUGGCUACGGCUGGUGAUGAUCACUCCUUGCCGUCAGAGGAGUUCAUACCUGCUACCAAAGGCACAUAUCUUUCGGAUUCGCUGAAGCCGGUAUGUUCUCGGCGCGGUGUCGAUGUGACUGCAAUGGACGUGUUCCUCGAUAACUCCAAGACGCCUUUGCCUCUGAUGACAGACACCUCGUGGCUGGGAGGAAAGCAACUGCGGCUGAGAGUACGUGACGACAGGAGCGCUGUGCGCGGUCUGGUGAAACCCUCCAACAGCCAGGUUCCCUUGAGGAAGACUUCCGGGAACUACCGAGGUUCGAGUGGUAGUAGAUUCUUCAGUUCCAGCACUGAGGACCCCAAUUACGUGGCCGAGACAAGCCACGAGGGAUCCUUUAAAGGCCCUAAGGGUCCCAAACAACGGUGGAGUGGCCUUUUCGGGAAUAGCAAGGAUACAAAAAUGGAGAGCCUUGUAGAGCAACUCAAUUAUUACAGCAAGCAUGGGAUUCCCCAACUCCAGCAACAGCAAGCGGAAGACGACAACGACGAAGGUUUGUAUGACCUGGAAGAUCAGCAAACUGCCAUCUGGGAGCUCUUAUCCACAGAAAUUGCCUACAUUCGCACGCUAAAGGUCAUUACAGAUCUGUUCUUGGCAUGUUUGUGUAAUCUGCAAGCAGCCAACAUCUUGAACGAUGUGGAUAAAGCUCGCUUGUUCAGCAACAUAACUGACAUCUAUGCGGCAAACAGGCAUUUCUGGUGUCAGCAUCUCCUGCCCAUGCUGGCUGAAUCACGGGACACAGGCCGGCCGCUCAGUCCUCGGCUCCUUCGGGAUGGUUUCUGCAGGUUCCAGGACAUCUUCCUUCCAUAUACAAAGUACUGCGCAGAGCAAGCACAGUGCCAACAGUAUUGCCGGGAGCGACAUCAGGAGAAUGAAGUCUUCACUGCCUACCUUGUGUGGUGUGAGACCCAGAAGGACUGCAACAGACUGCGUCUCAUGGACAUAGUAGUGCAGCCUAUGCAGAGGCUCACUAAGUACUCGUUGUUGCUGAAGGCAAUCCACAGGAACACAGAAAAUGAAGAGCAUCAGAACAGUCUUGCCAUCAUGAUAAAAUGUGUGGACCAGUUUGUGAAUGACGUCAAUUCCACUCUUAGACAACGACAGGAUCAUGAACGACUGAAAGGCAUCAUCGCAAGGAUAGAAUCAUAUGAUGUGGUGGAGUCUAAGGAUGAUGAUGUGGAACGACUCCUUAAGCUACACGGUGAACUGGAUCUCACAUGUCCAAUGCCCGGUUGCCACGUGACGCAGCGCAGACACUUGCUCCUGGAGAGUGACCUUAAACUGAAGGACAACUCCACCUCCAAGAUGGACGUGCAUUGUGGCAUUGGUGUGCGUGUCGUUCGCCAGCCAUACAUGGUAGAUCGACUUGUCGUGCAGGAGUUGGCACGGGACUCCCCCACCAUUGCACUGGUGUACCUCAAUGAGUUCCGGACAGCAACGGCAGCCUUUGUGCUUAGCAGCUCCGAUCCAAAACUCAUCAAGAGCUGGGUAGAUAGCAUCAGAAAGGCUCAAGAGUUGUAUGCAGCUGCAAAGCAGGCAAUCAGUACUGCCAACAUUACAGCGUCAUCUGGCAUCCCUGUGACCACGACAGGAGGCUCCAUCAGCAGACAGCCGAGUGCGUGUUAUUAUGAGGAUGAUGAUUUAAUGGACCCAAUAGAGUGCCACAGUUGUGCCUCAUAUGGGACUAAUUCUGUUCUCGUCCCAAGCCGCAGCCCCAGAGGAGACUCCAGCAGGGGCAGUCGAGGCUCUAGCCUAGUUCAUUCGCACAGUGGCUCAAUGGACAUGAAUGAAGUUUCCUCAGUCAGCAGCAUCAGUCAGUCCCGUGGUGUCAGCAUGGAGAAUGAGCUGAGAGGUUCUAGCCUUAGUUCAGAUGAGGGCAUCCCCGCUCUGACCACUUGCUCAUGCAGUGAGGGCAAGACUGUGUCACAGCAGCCAAUUCCUACACCAUCGCCUCGGUCUGACCGGCGCAGUCUGCUGUCCAAGUCCCCGUCACCCAACACUCUGAGUGUGCAGGUUCCAGUGUUCUCCAGCCUGGGACAGUCACUUCCAAAUCUGAAUCUGGCCACCUCACCCAGCACCAGCCAUGCGACAACACCCAACCCUCCCACAUCAUUGCUCCUAGUGCCCCCCUCUGGCAGUGCCAGUGCCACCUCCUCUCAUCAUCACGGUGGUCUGCUGAGUCCAGGACACCGGGGAGUCUCGUACCCACCGCCGUCCCCCCCACGGGGCUCACUUCGCAGGGGAUUUGCCCUCACACAGUCCAGGAAUCCUCCACUGCAGAAGACUAGACAUGUCAACUCAUCAACAGUCAGCAGUGGGGUCCCAGCUGUGGCCAGCCCCACUCAGGGUUCCAGUCCAGCAACAAGCUUUGAUUUUGACAUUCCUGUGAUAGCAGGUAUAUCACCGCCCAAUGAGGAGGGUGUGACUCCUGAACCGCCUGAGGAUAUUACAAGUACAGGACCUCUGAGGUCACAUCCACAUCGUCACGCAAUGAUGAAGCGCCUUACAAGAACAGAUAAUAGACGGUACCAUACAGCUGGGGCUAUUGAUGACAUCAAGAAGCAGGAUAGCCGAGAUGCCAGCAUCCACAAGCGCUUAUCGUGGAACUGUGGACCUGGGAUGCAGGGAUCAAGUCCAUCCAGCAGUGACCUCCCUGCUAGCAAGUGUGUGAGCAAUGAAAGCAUGCAGAGCUCCAGUGGAGUUAGUUCGACAGGCAGCUUACCAUAUGGUGGCAGUCUGGUGAGGGAACUGGACCUCUUAGAUCUGGAUGGGCCACCACGUGUUGUGUGUGGGAAUCAGCUCGGUUGCUGCUUUGACACUCAUUUAUCUGCAGCUGCAGCUUCCAGGAACCCCGUAAUAGAUGAGACUGAGACAUCUAUUUGUCCACCCCUCUCCCCUACCAUGGAGGCUAUCAACAUGGAGCUAAUCAGGUCACAUUUGACUCCUGGACUCCAAGCACCCACAGACUCUGGAGGGUCAGAGACGGCAAAAAUAGAAGUGAGUGAGACACGAGAAGGUGCGACAAGGAAUCCUCCCAGUAAAGCAGAUUUACUACGGAUGAAGGACCUUAUACUAACAGACUCGUCGGUGGAAGCCUCGCAAGUUUGAACAAAAUGUUCCAACGCCAACAACAAAACUUUAGUGCGCCCCCAAGUUCAUUGUGAAGAAUGAGCUUAAUAAAGGGCAACAAAGCAAGAUCUCUCUAGGUUGGUCCACCAAUUGAGGUGACUGAAGGGAGUAAUUUAUUUGGUCAGCUCUGUAAGUGGGAGAGUUCUAUGAUUUAAUGCACGCAGGCCUGCCAACAAAACUAGCCUUAUCCAUCAGGCUUACAGAGUGGAGUGUACAGGGAAUUUAUUUGCAUGAUGGAAUCAAUACAGAGCAAAAAGUAAAUUAGAGCCUUAUAGGCUUCAUGCCCAAGAUGUUGGCAGGCCUGAGUGUAUAGAACUGGGCAGUUCUGGGAGAUGGCUGAACUUACAUAGCUAAGGCAGCAAGUACUCUGAUGAAAUAUGAAGCUGUUAUUGGAAAUAUUGAUUCUCUGGAGAGAGGAAAACAGUCUCUGAGAUCAUCAACAGUAAUACACAGGUUUAAUAUAGUAUGUUUUAAACUAGCAAUGGUUAACAAAUAUUGCUUCUAGAAUUGGCCAAGAUAUUGAAAGAAUGAAUACUGAUUUUUCCCAGACAUUAGCCAUUAUUGUGGAGAGGGCUUAUUAAAUAUUCUAGUACAAGUACAUUUGAAUCUGGAGAUUCAAUAUAAACAGAAAAAUUACUUUCACUUUUAUACAAAUAAUUAGCAAAUUAUGGUCUAUUUAUAAGCCAGAAUGCUGGAUGACUCUACUAAGAAAAUAAUGUGUGCUAUACAGGGUUGGAAACUAAAUGAUUUCCUUUGAUCACUAGGUAUUUUUCAUAAAGAGUUUCUCACCUUGUUUCAUGUUUUAAUAUCUCUACAUAAGAAUACUUAAAUUUCUAAAAUCAAACAUGAAAAAUUUACAGUAUAGUCAUAAAUUAUAAUCGUGAUCCAACAGGUGUUGAAAAUUUUCCUUAGUUGACAUGUAAGAAAUUUUAAAGAUGUUUAAACAAAAAGUAAAUUUUCUAUACUGAAGUUAGUCUGUUAAUAAUUAUAGUAUAAUUGAUAAUACACUAAAAAUUGUAUCCACUAUAACUGAAGAUUGACAACUUUUCAAAGCAAUCAUAGUUUCAAAAUCAUAUAUUCUAAAUCCAAAUUAUACUCUUUAGAAAUGUCAUUAGUAUGUUUCUCUGUGUGUUUCUGUUCAGUCUUAUUGUACUUGAUAAGUUCGGAACAUGUGCAUAACAGUCACAAAACACGUUAUUGUAAAGACAAACGGGUAAAAACAAGUAUAUUAUGCAGCUUACUACAUUUGGCAAAUAAUAUUCAAAAUUACUAUAUGAGGAAUGUUUGAGGAUUACUGUGAAUAUGUGAUGUGAUAGAUAUAUUCUUCUCUCUCCAUUUGUUGGUUCUGUAAUCAGUAAAACUCCAUUCAUAUAGAGACUAUAAGAGUCAAGUAAUUUCCUUGAUUGAUGGUUCCUUAAGUCACCCUAGAAUAUGCUUAAGAUUACGGUGAAAGAUAAACUGAACCUAAUAAUGUAAGCCAGUCUGUGGUAUCUCAAAGACUUAUUAAAAGAUACCAACCAGUCAGUCAAUAAAUAUGAUAUACAAUGUAGCCCUCUCCAAAAUGUGGAAUGUUUCUCUGGGUAUGUCUAGUACAGUAAUGAUGGCAGUGCUUGUGUAUUUAAUAGAACAGUAGAUGCAGAGUGUCGUUAUAGUCUCACUGCCAAGUAGGACCUUGGUUUGGGUCCCAGAAUAAUUAAUUCUUUCCAGAGCAUGAGUGAGUGAAAGUGACACUGCCAGUAGGCAAAUGAUGCUAUUGAUUAUUUCCAGGUAUAACAUUGUUACAUAAGUUUGCCACAGUUAAUAAUAAUUUUAAGAACUAGACAUGAACAUGGUGGAGUAUGAAAACAGUCCAGCUAAGACUUCAGAAAAAAUUGUAUAAUUUGCACAGAUAGAGCAGUUUAUUAACACACAUCUUGAGUAUUCAACAAGUUAGCUCAGUACAUAGAACAUAAUAUUUUCUUGUGGAAAGUUCCCUUUAUAACCUAAUGUUAGUAAUGUCAACUGAAAUUUUAUAUGAUAUUCUUCUGUUGCAACAAGUGGAAGCUAAAAUUAUUAUUCCACCUAAAGUCAUGCCAUUCUCACAGCUGAUUACAGCUAAAUUUCUGCUGGAGUCUGUUCCCACACAUUUCCAAUAGUGGUAUAACCUCACAUUAUUCUGCAGUUGCAAGAGGUAACCCAUUGUCUCUUAUACAGGAUGGGUGGGAAGUAAGUAGGCAUUGAGAAAUGGUUAUAACCUCUACUUUUCCAAUGCAAAGAUAUUAUUUAAUGCCUACUUACUUCCCACCCACUCUGUAUAUCUGAAGUCAUGGCAUUUAUGAUUCCACUAAGUUUUUCUCAUGUUCUGUAGUGCAUAUAACUAUGAAAGUACAAUUCUCUGCAUUUCUAUAAAAACCUCAUUCCAGUAGUUCCUGUUGCUCAGGCAAAGAUGAUCAUUUAUAUUUUUAAAGUGCUAUGUAAUCAAAUAUGUUAAAAAUUUUCAGCUUUAUUGACUUGUUCCAGUCCAUAAUUAUAAUGAAAAAAACAUUUUUCAUUGUGCUAUGGACACUGAAAUACUGUACAUUGUGGUGAUGUAAUAUAAAAUGGAGUAUGAAAAUUA